AACUGGCCACUAUCACUUGACAGCGAACCUUAGUGGUCAAGUCCCAAAACGGUUAUCUUCGAACUAAAUGGCCUUAUGUAACUUCUAUAUAGAGAAACAAAGCUUUGUUUCCAUUCACAUGCUAUCAUCAAUUCAACUUGUGAGAUUUACUGAACAUAUCAGUAAUAUUCCCUACCGCUUAAUCAUUUUUGCAAUGUUUUAAGAGCUACAUUCCCUGACUCACAUCUUAAGUCAGUCAGUAGUUCCCACCUCUAGGUACUGAUAGUUAGUUGAGUAAUGAGUUAACUGUUAUCUAAAAUCUUUUCCCAACACAGCGUAGCACAAUAUUUUCAUGCUGACAGAUUUCACAUCAUACCACACACUAGUGGCUACAAUGCUAGAUAGAACCCCUCUUACUUAAAAGAGUUCAUGUAAUGUCAUGUGUAUCAUGCAUUGUGUUUCAAUGUACAGGUGUGGCUGCCUCGUGUCCUGCAGGCCCUGCUUGCUGCAUUUACUGAUGUUAGACUGUACACAAUCAUUAAAAAUCUGGAAAAUCCAGAAGUUGCUAAAUUAGCAUAUUUCAGUCAGCUGUGUUCCUGGUUCACCUGGUAUUGUUGUACACGGACCCUGACCAAUACCACAGAGACUAUGCUCACAGUUCUGGCUCUCUACUACUACCCACUCCCAGGAUCCAAAACACACAACAGUUCAAAGUAUUUGAUCCUGGUUGCACUGGCGGUGAUUGUUCGUCCGACUGCCCUCAUUGUGUGGCUUCCCUUGUUAGCAUUCCAUUUCUGGAAAGACAAUAACAAGCUAAGACUCAUAAUUCAUCACUGCCUUCCCAUUGCGGCCCUGACUCUCGGACUUUCUAUCCUUAUUGAUAGUCUCAUACAUGGGCAGUGGAUCCUGGUUCAGUGGAAUUUCAUUAAGUUUAAUAUCUUCCAUAAUGUCGCUGAAUUUUACGGGUCACAUCCAUGGCACUGGUACUUCACUCAGGGAUUCGUGGUUGUGUUGGGACCUCAUCUCCCAUUCUUUCUCCAUGGCUGCUCUCUGGCUUCCAAAAGAUACAGAAUACUGUUAUUCACAAUUGCUUGGACCCUAAUCAUUUACAGUUUGCUAGCUCACAAGGAGUUCCGGUUCAUCUAUCCCAUCCUGCCUAUAUGUAUAAUAUUUUGUGGCACAUCGCUGGCAAGUCUCAAAGCCUGGAAAAAAACAUCUAUAUGCUUCUUGCUAGUUGCAAACCUCAUCCCAGCCCUGUACACGGGCCUUGUUCACCAACGUGGCACCCUGGAUGUCAUGGGCCACCUCCAACCCCUAUGUGACGCCACGACCUCCAACUCCUCACAGCCACAAGUUCUCUUCCUCAUGCCAUGCCACUCCACGCCCUUUUACAGCCACAUCCACUGCCCCUUGAGAAUGCGCUUCUUGGAGUGCCCUCCUGACCUGACAGGGGACAGGAGCACUACGGACGAGGCAAACGUCUUUUACACUGACCCUGCAACAUGGCUCAGCAGAGAAUUUCCCCGCCAAGACACACUGCCUUCUCAUCUAGUGUUUUUCAAUGUGCUGGAAAAGGAGAUCUCAGCCUUCCUGGAGGAAAAUGCAUUCAUGAAACGUACUGAGAUUUUCCAUACGCACGUUCCUGAAGGUCGAGUGGGAGAAACGAUCUUUAUCUAUGCAAGAAAACACUGAAUCUGUAGGGUUCAGAAUUUAAAAGCACUGUUGAUUGCCACUCAAGAUUUGAGUUAUGGAAUUUAAAAAGUCUAUAUCUGUGAAAAUACAAUUUUGUACUUAUUCCUGUUAGUCCAGUUCUAUUUCUGACAGUAUGGGUUUUUAUGUUUAUUAGAUGACUGUUUUUGCCACUGAUGUUGGUUUACAUUAGAUUCAUUCAUUCAGCAGACAUUUUUUAUCAAAACGACUUACGGUACAGCUAAAGUGUUUAUUUUAUCCAUGGGAAAUGAACCUAUGACCUUCGUGUUGUCAGCACCUUGCUGUACCACCUCAGUAGCAGCACAAGCCAGUUCUCAUGAAUCACCUGGACGAUCCAAUCACACCACAUGGUACUUAGUCUCAUCCCAUGAGUCAGAAUGUUUUCAGAGGGAUGUAAUGCUUUGGGACUCGACAGGGCUCACCUGAUAAAUCACCCAGAUAUUUUGAAUAACCUACCAUCAGUAGGCUGAAGAGAAACCCUCAACAACAAGUACCAAAGAAUGAAAUGACUGGCGUAUUCCCAUCAAACAUUUUAAUGGAGACUGCUCAUUUUUCAAGUUAACAGCUUUACCGCAAACCAGGAAACGGGAAUGGGCAUCAUGAAAACAAUUGGAAUGUUACUCAAUUAUUCGAGAGAACAGAAACAAACACAAAUGACAUGUUAAGAAAAUGCUCACCUGCUACUUUCCUUCAAUUGCAUUCUGUCAACUGGACUUCCAGUCUAAUCUAUGUGACAAUGUUGUACAUUUUGCAGCACAAAUAUCUGAAUUAUGCUUAAGUAUUAGUAACAAGUGCCUCUUCCACACGCUUCAGGUUGGUAAACUAUAAACACAGCUUGAAUAAU